AUGGACUCUUCCAAGCUUCCCAAGCUCCCAGGCUUCUCAUUCAACGACCCAACCAAAACCAAUUUUCAUAAGCAUCAAAUGUUUGCUGUAAGAGACGGCCACAUGACAGAAAGCACAAAAUUCCACCAAGAAAAUGCUUCCCCGCAGCUUAUUGACGAGCUCCGAAAUUCUAUGACGCAGCUCGCCUACAACACCUCUUCUGGCAAGCCAAAAACCCCUGACAACGUUGCAAUUCCAAGAAAUCCUCCAGCAUGGAUAAAAUACGACCGCCAAGUCCUUCGCUUUAAUGCGUAUUUCCAAGAACCUGUCCAUGAAAGCUCCACUGAAAAUUUCCGCGUUCGUAAGUGUGUUAUUAUGUUUCAUUUGGAUGACGAAACCACUUAUGUAACUGAGCCACGUGUUGAGAACAGUGGGAUUCCUCAAGGCGUUUUUAUUAAAAAGCAUAGAAUUCCUAAAGGAGACGGAACCUAUUUCACAUGGCGAGAUUUCGCAUUAAAAACCAACGUAAACAUGUAUGGACGUGUCUUCAGAAUUGUUGACUGUGACGAAUUCACCAGAAACUUCUACGAAGAACAAGGCAUUGAUUUAGGCUCUGGAGAAGGCUUCCCUGAUGAUAGAUUUGACAUGACUAGGCUUAUGGUGAAUUUUAAACAACCUCCAGAAGAUGCUAUGGACGUUAAAGAAUAUAAUGAAGUAAAACUAGGUGGUGGACAUCCUAAUAGAAAUUUAAGAAGCUUUGUCGAAAAUGACAGAAAAGUCCUAAGCUUCGACGUGAUGUGGAAUGAUACUUCUUAUGAUGGAGGAAUCAAGUUUUAUAAGAUGAAUUAUUACUUGUUUGACCAGACUAUGGAAAUUAAAGAGCUUAGACAGGUAAAUACAGGCAAUGAAACUUUCCCAAUGAUGCUCAGAAGGAUGAAGGUUCCAAAAGCACCAAUACUAACCCCAUGCCCAGCACUAGCACUUAGAAAUGAAGAGUAUUAUAUUCCUAAUGAUUUGGUGUUGGGGAAUACCAUACAAGUAUAUGGAAAAGACUUAUUAUAAAAUCUUAACAUGAUAUGAUUAUGCUUAUUGAGAAAAUAGUCCUAUUUUUGAUAUUUUAUUAAAAUAAUCUAAUUAUUUUGAAAUUUAAUUCAAUCUAAUGCAAAAUAGUUUGCGAUUGUGAUGAAUACACCAAAAGAUGGUACAGAGAAGAGCUUGGAAUUGAAGUUAAGCCAGUCCAUAUUCCGCGUUCAAAAAACAUUAUGCCACCUAACCCAAUUCCUCCCCACAACGGCUAUGGUACAGAAGAAGAUUCAAUAGGAAACGUCCUAAGACUUCAGCCAAAUGCUCCAAAACCUGACAUGUAUAAAAUGUUCGACAACGACCAGCAUAUUCUUCGUUUUGAAGCCAAACUGGUCAGCUCAAACCCUGAAGACGAACUAGGGAAAUUUAUUUUGUCAUUUUACCCAGGUGACGACACCAUCAAAGUCUAUCAAGUUGUCGAUAAAAAUUCAGGAGUUGUCGGAGGAAAAUUCCUUGAAAGGAGAAAAUUCAAGAAUCCAUAUAGCAAUCAAUACUACCAACAAAAAGACUGCGUAAUAGGAAACACUUUGAUAUUGCAAGGGUACAGAUUUUUGCUGGUGCAUUGUGAUGAAUAUACGUUUACCUUUAUGGAAGAGAGACCUAGCGAGUACCCACAGGCAAGUAUUCCAAUGAUUUUGAGGAAAAUUAUGGGAUUUUCAAGAAAAUAUGGGUCUCCUCAGGAAUUUUUGGUUCUUGUGCUGAGAAAUAUUGAUCCAAGCUUAGGAAAAAAUGUGCAGUAUAAGGUCUUUUUAGAGGCUCUUGAAAAGCUUGGAAUUAAACUGACUUUGCAGGAGGAAGCAUCAUUGAUCAGAAAAUGGAAUAAAGGAAGCCAGGGGCAAUACAUCAUAAAUUUAGAAGAAGCAUAUAAUGCAUUGAUAAACGCUUAA